AUGGCCUCCGUCGCUCGCCCGCCGACCUCUCGCACCAGCCACCGCCGUUCCGCCUCGUCCCGCCGCUUCCGCGCAUUGUCUCCGCUCUCCGCGCUGCUCCUCGCCGCCUGCUGCCACCUCGCGCUCUCCCCGGUCCGCGGUGUCCUGCCCGUGGCGCGUGCGACGCCGCAAGUCCCGUGGGACAACUUCUCCUCGCCAUGCACGCCGAUCCCGGACCCUCCCCCCUCCGGUUUCAAGCUGUGGGGCGAUCCGACGAUUUGGCCGGGAGGUGUGGUGCCGGGCGUGGGGGCGGGCAAGGGCGGCAACGCCACCAUCCCGUGCGGAGUGGCCGUGCUGCUCAACGUGCCGUCUGUCGUCCUCUCCACCCUCACCAUCCGCGGCAUGCUCAAAAUCGAGGACACGCCAUCACGGCCGCUGGUGCAGGUGAACGCGUCGUUUGUGAUCAUGGAGGGGCAGCUGAUCGCAGGCAACAGCACCAAUCACUUCUCUCAGAAGGUCGUCUUCACGCUCACGCGCAACCCCAAGGGGCGCGCGCCCUACCAGUACACCGCCAACGCACCCGCUGACCCCGCCAACCCCCGCAACUUCGGCCACAAGGCCUUCGUCGUGGUGGGAGGGCAGGUGCGCAUGCACGGCAUGCCGGGGGGCUCCUCCACGCCCUCGUGGUGCCGCCUGGCAGCGACAGCACAGGCGGGCGAUACAGCCAUCAUCGUGGACCGGGACGUCUCCGCAUGGCCCGUGGGCUUCCAUGUCGGCCUCGCCUCCACCGACUUCUAUCCCGACCAGAUCGACGUCGCCAAAAUCGUUGCUGUGACGGCGGUGGGCGGCAGCAAGUGGAAAGUGGCGCUGAGCGCGCCGCUCUCCUACAGCCACUUCGGAGAGGUGGUGCCCGACGGGUUCGGCGGCACAAUCGACGAGCGCGGGGAGGUGGUGCUGCUGAACCGCACAGUGACCAUUCGAGGGGAGGACGAGGCGGCACCUUACAACUGGGAGGGCGGGCACUUCAUGGUGUUUUUCACUCAGACCGCGCAGAUGAUAGAGGGCGUGGAGUUUGCCCAGAUGGGGCAGCAGGGGCAGCUGGGGCGCUACAACAUCCACUUCCACCUCUGUGGGAAUCAGGCGGGGAGGAGCGUGGUGCGCAAGAACGUCAUGCAUGACAGCAAGCAGCGCUGUGUGGUGGUGCACGCCACCUUCAAUCUGACGGUGGAGGAGAACGUGGCGUUCAACACGAGAGGGCAUUGCUUCAUGGUGGAGGAGGGCGGCGAGCAAGGCAACUCCUUCAUCCGCAACCUUGGCAUCUGGACGCGCCCAGUGGAGGUGAAGAUAUCGGAUGAGGAGACGGAUGACAUGCCAUCCACAUUCUGGAUCACCAAUGCAAACAACAACUACCUCGGAAAUGUGGUUGCAGGCUCAGAAGACACCGGCUUCUGGAUCGAGCUACGGGACCGAGUGAGGGGACUGUCAUUGCAAUGGCCGCUCAUCAACACGCUCAUUCCCAUCAACUACCACCGUGUUGGCACGUUCGCGGGCAACGUUGCUCACUCCUGUGCCACGGGCUUCCGUGACUACCCUCGCGGCUUCAACCCCCGAUUCAACGCCUCCACCCUCUCCGAUGGCAGCUAUUGGGAUCAACCUGUGUGGGUGACUAUUGCGGGCUUCCUUCUUUACAAGAAUCUCUACGUGGGCGCGUUCAUCCACAACACGGACUACGUGGUGUUUGACGGCUUCACAACGGCGGACAACAUGUGGGGGGUGGAGAUGGCUCAGGUGGAGGGCAUUGUCCUGCGCAACCUGCGUGUGGUGGGGCAGACCGCCAACUACGGCAACCCCUGGGACUGCACCGACCCGGACUCCGAUGGUUGCGCUCCGGUCUCCGGCUGCAAGUUCCCAUUGGCGAAGGGCCAGCAGGGGCGCAGUGUGGGGGAUGGGGGGUGGGAGGAGCCGGUGUACGGGCUGGUGUUCACGCAGAGCCCAUGGUUCACCGACGGGCUCUUCAACAACGCUGUUGACGGCGCUAAGUUCGCCGGGUUUGACAGCACAUGCAAGCCGUCUGCAGCGGUGGCGGUGGGGGGGGACAUGGGAACGUACUGGAACGCCGGCAACAACUUCAAGAACCUCAAGUUCAGCACUGCAACGCGGACCAACCCAGUGGUCGUCCAGCCUCGGAAAUACCCUUCCAGAUACGAUUCCUCAGAGAGGGAGGACCAUGGGGAGGCACAGACGCAGGUGGCGUUGCCGGACAUGGACGGCAGCAUAGUGGGGUCAGUUCUCGCCAAGUCCUCUGCUGGGAACAACAGACGAGCAUCUGCUGCUGGUGAUGGUGCUACCGCUGGUGAUGGCGCUGCUGUUGCUGUUGCCGCCGUUGCUGUUGCUGCUGAUGGUGAUGAUGGUUCUGCUACACGCAGUGCUGCUUUCCCUGCAUCUCUUGGCAGGCUUGUCCUGCCACGGAAAGCUUCUCCUCUGCACCACCGUCGCCUGCUAGCCGCCCUCACUUCUUCCGCUGCUGCUACGACUGCUGCUAAUCCUGCCUCUCGUCGUCGCACACUCCGUGUUGCAGCUUCUGCUGCUACCACUGUCUCUGCUCUCAAGAGAUCAGGCGGCCGUUUCAGCAGGCGACUUAGCGACUUUGACCCCAGGCCCCACUCGCGCAAGAAGCACCCCCGCGCUUCCUUCAGAAUGUCCGCUUCUUCUGCCCGCUCGCUUGCCCGCUCCUCCUUCUCCUCCCCUUCCUCCUCUUCCUCCUUCUUCUCCACCUCCUCCUCCUCCUCUCGCACCUCCACCUCAAAGAAAGCCACCCCCGUGCCGUACGGCUUCCUAGUGGCCAACAACACAGCGGUGCUCCCCCCGCUGACCUCCUCAGGCACAUACGGCUCCUGCAAGCCCAUGCCAGGAGCCAAUGCGUACGCGUGCCCCUCGCCCACACACUGCUUCCGCACCGUCAACGUCCGCUACCUCGAGCCCGCCACUGCAGGCAACACCAACCGCACACAGGCCCACGGCGUGAUGAGCUUCAUCAAGGUGGUGCGUGCGAGAGAUGGCGCACAGCAGGCGUUUGACGGGAACUCGGACCACAUCGAGCUGGAGGAGGGUGGGAAGAAGGCGGAGCGGGUGUUUGGGUUCACAGCGCUGGUGGGGGAGGUGUAUGUGGUGCAGGUGGUGGGGCCGCGUGGGAAGGAGGAGUGGCAACCCAACGAGGUGGAGGUGUACUUUGGGGAUGGCGUGGAUAAGGAUUUCGCUGGCAGCUGCGGAGGCGCUGUGACGGUGCGCUUCAAGGCGCCUGCUGGGGGAGACGCACAGUGGGCCGCCAGGAUGACAGAUAUUGCAGCGUGGCGGCCCUGUACCGGCACCACUCAGCGUGCACCCGCUCUGUUUUCAUACGAGUGCGAUGCAAAAUCAGGGCGGCAGCAGGUGCAGGUGGUGCUGUCAGGCGAUGUGGACUACUACCUCCCUGCUGCCGUCUAUGUCUCCCAGAACCCCCCUGCACCCUGCUCCACCCUUUCGCGUUGUGGCCUGCUGGCACCGCGGGCAGUGUGGCGCUACAACCAGCAGGGAGGCGAGCUACAUCCGCGCUACCCCGGCGGUCCAGCCUUCUACAACCCCAACUUCAAGGACUCCUCCUGGCCCUCAGGCCCUGCCCCUCUCGCCUACGUGGAUUGGGACUGGGAUAUGGUGGGCACGAAUCUGGCCGAGCCAUCGUGGAACAAGCGCACGACAUACUACUUCCGCACGACCUUCUCCCUCACCAACUCCGCAUGCUUCUCGAGCCUGCUGCUGCAAAUGCCGGUGAACGAUGGUGUGAUUGUCUACAUCAACAACCGUGAGGUGCUGCGCCUCAACAUGCCAAAAGGGGUCGUCUCCACUUCCACCUCCGCGCUGGCGGAUAAAGAGGCGAUCAAUGACAACGAUGAUGGGUUCAUCUACACGGACAAGACAGUGGCUCUGCCAGGGGCGGCAGCAGCGCCGGUGCUGACAGACGGGGUGAACGUGGUGGCAGCAGAGGUGCACCUCAAUCACGACAACGGCUGGGACAUCGCCUGGGCUCUGCGCCUCUCCGCUCUCCCCUCGUACGUGCCACAACACAUGCCUGUGUGUGGAGCAUGGCACGUGUGA